AUGCUGAGAAAACUAGCUCUUAUACUUGUUGUCGCCGCUUGCGGCUCCAGCAUGGAAAUGCAGGAGACCGUCGAACGAAUGGUGAUGGUUCGCACUACGGGCUCUGACCUUCAACCCGCGGCCACGGGAUACAUAUACAAAAAGCAGAACGAUGGAAAGGAGAGUGUUAUCGAAAUGGGUGAAAGUGAGGUCAUGAAACAUUUAUCGAAGCUAUACGAACAACCGAAAGCCUUUGCGGCUCCCAUCCCAAUUAGAAAAGGACACAGUUUAGCCAAAGAUAAAGAUGAAACCGAAUCUGAGACACGCAGCGAAGAACGUAUAAUUCCUGUCAAAGAAAAACAAGAAGACCGCGUCGAUGGAAUAGUCGAUGAAGACUAUAAAAAGAUUUUCGAUGAUUAUUUGAAAAAGUACGGCAACAACAAUGCGUAUGACGAUUACGUCCGCAGUUUGAAGAACUUCGGAGGUGGACUGUAUGAUGGAUUUAAAGGGGACGACAAACAUGAAGACGGUGGAUAUGCAGAAUAUAAGAAGAGGCAUAAUUACGGGAACGGCAACGCCGGUGACUAUCACAAUGCAAACUAUAAAAGUUACGCAUUCUCAGACAAAAGUCUCAAAGAGGGUCACGAUGGCGCCAAAGAUUACAAGAAACUCUAUAGGCACGAUGACCACCAUGAAGAAUAUGGACAGAAAUCUGAAGAAAAGGAUGACGUCCUUGGAACUCACAAAGUCUUCGAUAAAAAUAACAAACAAGAAAUAGACCAUAAAAUCUAUGACGAUGAUGACAAAUUCGGUUUCAGUAAAUUCACAGAUGGACAUAAAUAUCACGAAGAUGACAGAGGAUACGAAAAUGGUGGUUCGUACGAGUCAGGACAUCACGCCGACUUCGGGAAAAAAGAUCACCAUAAUGAUGGAUCAAGACAAAGUGAUGAGAACCAUUCCGCUGAAGAAAAAGACACAUCAAGCGAGCACCACGACGAAUACGGAUACAAGAGCCGACAGCCUGCUGGCCACGGCUACGGCUUCGAGAUCAAGCACUAA